AUGUCAGAGAAAGCACAUCGUGUAUUCUCUGACAAGAAGCGGGUCGACACACCCGACGCCCGGGUCACCGGAGCAGGUGCUCAGCGACAGCAGGCACAGCAGCAGCGGGUCGGGGGCGUGGCUACCAGGGCAUACAGCGGCGGCAGCGGCGUGGACACCAUGCCGCUCAACUACCGGCCGCCCAUCGUGCUGCGGGCGCAGCAGAAGCACACCGCGACCGUCUUCAUGCUGCACGGCUUGGGUGACUCCGGCGACGGCUGGGCUGCGGUUGGUGACGAGUGGGCCCCGGGGAACCCGCAGGUCAAGUUUGUGUUUCCCCAUGCGCCACUGCGCCCCAUCAGCAUCAACAAGGGCAUGCGCAUGCCGGGCUGGUACGAUAUCUCAUCCCUGGAGGACAUCGACCAAAAAGAGGACGAAGCGGGGCUUGUGGAGAGCAAGCGGUACAUCGAGUCCCUGAUUGCCGCCGAGGAGCGCGAGGGCGUCCCCAGCGACCGCAUCGUGGUGGCGGGGUUCAGCCAGGGCGGCGCGGUGGCGCUGCUUAUGCUGCGAUCUGAGAAGAAGCUGGCAGGCAUCGUGGGCCUGAGCACGUACUUGCCCCUGCGCAACGAGCCCGGUAUCCUCAGUGCGGCCAAUGCAAAGACGCCCGUCCUGCAGUGCCAUGGGGACGCGGACAUGGUGGUCAACUACGGCUUUGGCGUCAACACCCACAACAAGCUCAAGGAGCUCGGGGCGGAUGCUGAGCUGAACACGUACCGCGGCAUGGGCCACAGCGCGGUGCCCUCUGAGCUGGCGGCGGUGUCAGCGUUCCUUAAGCAGGUUCUGCCGCCGCAGUGA